GUGCUGUUGGGCUUUGCGGAGCGCGAGCUGACGCGCGGUUGCUGCUGUUGCUGUGAACCGCAGGGAUGUGAGACACGCGCCGGAUACGCGAGGAGAGAAGAGGCAGACAGGUCUCUUGACAACAUUAUAAAAAAAAAACCAAGACGCCUCCUCUCUGACCUGAUUCACCGCCUGUGAAGAACAGGAGGCGAGUAGCAGGUACUAUGUGGCCGCGCCGUGCGUGCGCGCUUGCGGCUCUGAGCGCGCGACGAUGUAAAAGACAGCGCGUGCGGAUUCUGCGGCAGCUGUGAUCGGGAAUAACUGGGAUAGAAAAACUCAGCGAGGCACGGAAACGCACGCUGAUCACUGAGCAAAUAAUCAACCAGACAAUCAUUUGCAGACGUGUUCAUUCGCGCGCCUCCGGGCGCUCCGUUCUUCAUCGAUUACCACAGAAGAGACACACAGAGCAUUUGAAUGCGAACGGGCGCGUACGGUGCAAGUGAUCCCGUAGUUUCUGCCCUGCUCCGUUCAACGCUGCUGAGAAGACCUCACAACUAGGAACUGAGCUAUAUCGGCUCUGAAUGAAGUCUGUGUGCUGCUGGUUUAGAAUGUUGUCACGAUAACAUCAGCCUGACUCCGCUCUGACUGUGGCAGGUGGGAGCCCAGGGGUCAGUCUGCGAGUGAGGGCUGAGUCAGGAGUGAAUCAGCGCUGCUUUUGAUUGACGGACAGCUCGGUGGGAAACAAGGCCUCGGGAGAGCUGGAGUCCGAUAACAGGAGUGAAAGCGUCGCAACGGCAAUAUCAUCUUUCAGUCUUUAUCGCAACUCGUCUUUCACAACAUGGCCUCUGCAGUGGCACCAUUCUCCUCUGUCGCUGCCUCUUUGGGGACGUAGAAAGACGUGGGACACACAGAGGAAAGCUGGGGAAGUGUCUUCACUUUAAGGACCUUAACAGAUAACAAACUGCGCUAAACGUCAGUACCGUCACGACACGAGUUAGUUUAGUGUUUCAAAGUGAAUCGCAGUAUCAUGAGCGUUUUAGGAAGGUGCUUUCUCUGAUUUUAUAUGUUCCUGUGUAACAUCGGAGGCCAAUGUGUGUGGCUCGAGAGCCCAUCAUGGCCAGACCGCUGCUGAAGAUCCACCGCUAUUUCCGGCGUAAACCGGUACGCUUUUUCUCUUUCAUCCUCCUCUACCUCACCGCUGGCAGUCUUGUUUUCCUCCACUCCGGCUUCUCCAGCGAUACUUCCACCACCGGAGUUUCUGGAAGCGGCCGUGACCCACUUAUAUCCGAAGGCGGGGGCGGCACAGGUGCUGGGAGCUCUACCUCUGAUGGUCUCGGGCUCCUAGGAAGAGUGUUUAAAGAAACACGGAGAGCCCCCCGGAGAUUUGGACCACCGUGGAUGAAGGAAAAUGGGGCACAGGAUGCACCGGAGUGGGCCGGAAGAGGACUUGAUCAUACCAGCAGCUGGAGCCGUGGAGCCAAAGGAAGAACCACCAAAGAGAUGGAUGAUGGGAGAGCAAAGUACAUCGGCUGUUACGUUGAUGACACACAGAAAAGGGCUCUUAGAGGGGUUUCUUUUUUGGACUACAAAAAAAUGACUGUCUUCCGUUGCCAGGACAACUGCGCUGAAAGGGGUUAUCUCUAUGCGGGUCUGGAGUUUGGAGCUGAGUGCUACUGUGGCCAUAAGAUCCAGGCGCCCAACGUGUCAGAGAGUGAAUGUAAUAUGGAGUGUAAAGGGGAGAAGAGUAACCUCUGUGGAGGACCUAAUCGACUGUCCAUAUAUAGAUUGGAGCUGAGCCAGGAGUCGGCCCGCAGAUAUGGAAGUGCCAUUUUCAAGGGCUGUUUCAAGAGGCCAGACAAUGUGACCAUGGCGCUUCCUGCUAGUGCGGUUAUAAAAAACAUGUCAGUGGACAAGUGUGUUGACAUGUGCACUGAGAAAGAAUUCUCUCUGGCAGCCUUGGCUGGUGAAAAAUGCCACUGUGGGUUUCCUACUCCACUUUUCACCCUCCACGAGCGAGAGGGCGAGGAACUUUGUCUUCAGCGCUGUGCAGGAGAAGACUUUGAGAGCUGUGGAAACAAUGACUUCUUUGUAGUGUACCAGACCCAAGUGCAAGAUAAUCGUUGUAUGGACCGUCGCUUUUUACCCACUCGUUCCAAACACCUAAUGGCACUAGCUAGUUUCCCAGGAGCGGGGAAUACAUGGGCCCGUCACCUAAUCGAGCUGGCCACGGGUUACUACACCGGGAGCUACUACUUUGAUGGCUCACUGUACAAUAAAGGUUUCAAAGGGGAGAGAGAUCACUGGCGCAGUGGUAGAACCAUAUGUAUCAAGACCCAUGAGAGCGGCAAGAAGGAGAUUGAAGCCUUUGAUGCCAGCAUUCUUAUGAUCCGGAACCCUUAUAAAGCGCUCAUGGCAGAAUUCAAUCGCAAGUAUGGCGGCCAUAUUGGAUUUGCCUCUCAAGCUCAUUGGAGGGGGAAAGAGUGGCCAGAGUUUGUGAAGAACUACGCUCCGUGGUGGGCAUCCCACACACUGGACUGGCUGAAAUAUGGGAAGAAAGUUCAAGUAGUACAUUUUGAGGACUUAAAACGGGACCUUUUCUCGGAAUUAAAAGGCAUGGUCAUCUUUCUGGGUCUAGAAGUCUCAGAGGAUCGCCUACUGUGUGUGGAAGGACAGAAGGAUGGGAACUUCAAACGCUCUGGGCUGAGGAAGCUGGAAUACGACCCUUAUACGCCAGAGAUGCGUGCCACCAUUGAUGGGCUUAUUAAGACCGUGGACACAGCUCUCAGAAAGAGAAAGUUUCCUGGUGUACCCGAGGAGUACCGGUCCAGAUGAUACUCAUCUCUUCAAUUGUGUUUUUUUUUUUGUUCACAAAACAGCUAUACAUAUUUUCCCCUAGAAUAUGAAAUUUUUCAUUAUUCUUCUUGAUCGCUUUCAGUUUUAAAAAAAUGGUACAGUAUGCAUUGCACAAAUGAACUGCUGAAAAAUGGUUUGCCCUUUCAUUGAUAAUCUACACUACAUAGUAAGUCAUGGGCUAGUGCAACAAUUUGCUUUGAGUGUAUUCUUCCCUAGGCCAAUGUGUGUACUCACUAUAAAUUCAGUUGAGUCAUUAUGGGAAAUGACUGUUCACGCUUCUCAUAAAAGUGUCUGUUGCCAUCAAGACAUCCGUGACAGCUAUUCAGAUAACCCCAUGAUAUAAUGUCUUUCAUUAAAUGGGCUUUUCCUUCAAAUCCUUAAGUACACUAUGACCCCCUAAACACUUCAGGACAGCGAUUCCAUUUUUAACAUUAAACCCCAGCUUCCGGUUUCCACAAAUAUCUGGAUAUUGUCUUCAGAUGUUAUGAUGCUUCUUAAAACUGAUAUGGACACCAAAAAUCCUCCAGUUCUACCACGUGUGUUAGAUAAAUGCAUGGGCGAUCCGAAAACAUGUUGUCUGGUACUUGCCUUCGGUGAUUUGCAGGCAAAUUGCAGCCCUUACAGAGCUAUCGAUUUAGACGAAAGCAUCCAGGUUUUUCUGUUUUGUGUUAAGAGCAAUUCUACAUUGAAAUUGUUCUAAUUGAUUUCCAUUUUUUUUCUCACUGAGGUUUUAAGAUUAAUUUGCAGUGGGUGAUCAAAAAACAAACAAAAAAACAUUUCUGCUUGUGUUCACAAAGUCUAAGAAAUGGGGGCUUAUUGUAAAUUGUUUAAAAUGACAUUGACUGACCCUUUUUCACCUUUAUUAUUUUAAUCUUUCAAAGGAGAGUUUGCCCAGUUCAUUCAGUUCUCAUUUUGACAGACAUAGUCACAAUAAACACAGCUCUUACAUGAGAAAAGCUGUAUACAUAUAUAUAUAUAUAUAUAUAUAUAUAUAUAUAUAUAUAUAUAUAUAUUUGGAUUUACAUAAAGAUGUAUAAAUGAUGACAGAAUUUUCAUUUUUGGAUGAACUAUCCCUUUACGCAAAAAAAACUUUCGGCACCAAUUUCUAUCAUUAGACUUGGAUUUGGCUUUGGAUGCAAUUAUAAAGUUGUUCCCUGUAGAAAUGUUCAGAAUUGUUAUUUUUGUUUUUGCUUUUUUUUUUGUCAGUGUUUUAAUUGCAGGAGAUUUAAUCAAAACAGCAAAUCUGCUUUAUCUAAUAAUCUUGUAGGGGUGAAAGCAAGUAUGAAGCAAUGUUCUACAAAAAGCACCUCGCGGGUAAUUUCUGCUCCCAGCUAAAGACCUAAACAAAUAACAUUAAGUAUAUGUAAAUACACAUAUAUAUUUUUGUAAUGCUCACAAGGAGAAUGACUUUAAAAGACAAAGCACCAGCUAUAUUUUUAAAAAGGCUUUUAAAUUUGAGCAUUACAUGCUUUUCAUUUCAAAAAGGAACUGAAGUGUCUUUCUGAAUGUAUUUUGUAUGGAGUGAAUGUAAGGAAUUUUAACCAACAGUUCUGGAAAUCAGAGAGCAAUUGCCAGCCAUGCAAAGGGAAUUAAAUGAUUGCAACAGGAGUUUUAUUAUAAUUGUAAGCUGAGAGAACUGUGUGAAUAUAUGGAAAGGUUUUGCAUUUGCUUGGAUGGUGCAUCAGAUGUCCUGAUCAAUAAAUUGUAACGCCCCAAA